AUGACAGCCCGGCAGCACGAAACAUUCAUCGGCCCCCGCCGACCAGAGGACCAGAACGAGCCGAUCUCGGCACAUAAUUUCAUCGGGCCGACCAACCGCCCACCUGACAACGCCUCGGCACAAGAGCAUCCUAGUUCUUCUGAGCAAAAUCUGCCGAACGCAACGAGAUACCGAUCCACCAGAACCAACAAGCAACGCAACAGACGGAGGAAGCCGGCACCGCGCUACUCUUACGAACCUUGCUAUCACGGCUCGACAACUUCGCGCAAGGCACAGACAACCGUCUUAACAACCUGUUCGCCGCACAGAUGUCCAGCCAGACCCGGAUUAACGAACUCCAAGCAUCGCGCUUCCCACCAGAACAUCUUCGAACGCCCGGCCCGCCAUUGCCCACGCAAAGAACCCUCUUCGGCGAGAAUCCCUACGCCACCAACCGUCAUGAUCGGCACAGCUGGGCCAUCUUGCGCAAACACCAUCUCCUACUCCUUGGAAAACGCCGAAUGGAACGGCCACGAGUAUGAAAUACGGCGGAUGCAGAGCCAGCUCCAGAACAUGAACUCCCGAAUCCACCAAGCGACAAGCUCUGCUCCGGAAAUCGAUCAAGUGCUUCGAGAGGCACAGAACACCCCCUUCACCGACAGGAUCGGCCACGCUCCGGUCCACCACCCGGGAAAGCUGAAGAUACCCCCUACGAAGGAAACACCGAUCCAAGACAGUUGGAAAGCCGAUCGAUCGACAGCUAUCACAACUCACCACCGCUUUCUUAAAGCAAUACUCUAUGUACAUCCGAAGAGGAGUCUCCUGUGCCGACCUGUGGGCACUCAGCCAAGGGCCAAAGGACUCCCUGCGAAAAUUCAUCGACAAGUUCAAAGGCGUAGCCUCGCGCCUCACGGCAACCGUCACCAAAGCCUCCCGGCGCUGAAAAACGGGCUAUGGUACGAAUCGGCUUUCCGCGACGACCUGAUACUCAACAAUCCGCGCUGGAAGAUGCCCUAUGCCGAGCCAACAUCUUCAUCGCCCUGGAAGAAGAAAAGACUGCCAUGGCAAAACGCCACACCCCCACUAAAACGCAGGCACCCAAGGAGAAACCAAAGGAAGAGCACUACGAACCAAGGCAGCAUUACGACAGGAGCUACCGGAAAAACGAGGCCGAACGCAGGGCCACGAACUGCUACGUCCAAGCCAAGCCAGCUGGACCGAUCAUGGUCAGAACGCCCCCAGUGGAACAAAUACGUCCGCCCGGCCGACCCAAGAUCGGCCCAAGGAGAAGGAUCUUCGCAGUCCUACUGCGACUUACCACAAGCGCCCUGGCCACGCUACAGCGCAAUGCCGACACUUGCAGGAGUACCUCCUCGGCAAAUUCACCAACGGGGAGAUAUCGGGAUCCGAUCCAGCCUCUUUUCAAAGGAACCCGAAUCGUCCGCCUCCGAACGUCCAAGGAGGAGCGUCGGAACCCCAGACCAGGAGAUUCCCGCCCGCAGGACCCAGUCGCGACAGAGAAAACGCCGAUCAACAGAAACAGAACCACGAGGAAACGAACGCCUGCCCGUCGCCACCAUCCCCGCCGAGGCGAAGGAUCAAUAUGAUCAUGGGCGGUUUGCCGACCUGCAACGACUCGGUGCGCUCGAUAAAGGACUAUGGAAGGAAGACGUCCAUGGCUCAACAGUGGAAGCAGGACGUCGGUGCCGAACUCGACGAGGCAAGCAUCAUCUCCUUGAAGGACUCGGACGCCAACGGUCUCCACACCUCGCAUAA